AUGCCACAGACAACGAUUACAGCAAGGACCGUACGAGCUGUCUUUGACCUGCAUGCGUUCAUCCCCUAUCGUCGCGUCGAGCUGAUGUUUCUGGUGGAUUUCACACAUCCGCUGGUCGACCCUCCAGACACCUCGGUCCUCAGCUACGGAGCGGUAGGGAGGACCGCUGCAGUCAGCGGUGGCUUUGCUGUGGCGCGAUUUGGUGAGGUGGCGUUGGCGGUUCCAUUCCAAAACACCGUCCGUGUUUGUGUGCGGACAAGCGUCUGCGUGCGUGCCUGCGUGACCGUCGCCGUCAAGGUCACAGUCCUUGUUGACGACUCAAGCGUUGUUCCAUUGGCCGCUUUGAACACUGUUUUUGUUGUCGUCGCCGUCUCCCAACUCGUUGCUGUGACAAUCCUCCGACACGAUGAGGGCACAGGCGUCGGCGACGGCGACAUGCAGAUGGGGCAGGCCGGGCACAAGGGACACGAUCGCGCGCUGUCCGCCCCGUCCGUCGGCCUUGGAGCGAGCGGGACUCCGGUCGUCCCCUGUCCGGGAUAG